GCGUAACCGCGUCCCAAAGCCGGUGCGCUCCUCUCCUCACUCUCUCUCCUCUUCUUCACUUCGCUUCUUCUCCUCCUCUCGACAGCAUCCAGAACUACAGUAUAUAGCGCAACCGUCCCCAUCACUCUUUUUUUUUCCUCCCCUCCUUUCUCUCUCUCUCUCUCUCUCUCUCUCACCACCAGAUCUCUCUCCACUGCGUCUCUCACCCCUUUUUGCUCUCCCCCCUCCUCCUUCCUCCUCUCCAGCUCAGUCCCUCUCACUCCUCUGACGCACGACAGAGGGGAAACGGACCCGAGGAAGGAAAGAAAGAAAGACCAAAAAAAAAAAAAAAAAAAAGAAAAAGUAGCAGCAGCAGCUGACCCAAACCAAACCGUCGAUAUGAUCCACAGACUCGUGCUGCUCUUGCUGCCGCACCGGACAGAGACGCGGUCCUGAAGCCGAGAGGAGAGCGCUCUCACCCGGCUACACUGCUGUCGAGCGCUCGCCCGGGGGGCGGCGGCGACGGAGGAGGAGGAGGAGGAGGAGAAAGAGGAGGAGGAAGAGGAGGAGGAGAGGGGAGGAAGAGGAAGCGGACGGGCGCAAGUCGAGGGCUUGCAUUUUAAGCAAAACUGCUUAGAAAAAAAAAAAAGGAGGCGAGAGAAAGAAGGAGAGAGAGAGAGAGUCACCGGAGAGCAAAGAGUGGGAGAGAUUGCAUUCCUAUCACGUCUUCAUUUUCUCCUCUCUUUUUUUUUGCCUCAGCCACAGAGAGAGAGGGAGAGGGAAAGAGAGAGAGAGAGAGAGAUCUAACAAGAUUCAUACUUGUGGUCUUUUUUUUCCCUGAUGCUGUCCAAUUGCAGUGCGAAACUAAGCAGCCCGGCAUCGGACGGUGGUGAGCGGGACGCACCGGGCAGCAACGGAACACAUCGCUGGAGGAUAUGUGAAGUUGGAAAUCCCGCUAAACUAAUGCUGUGAAGUGGCUCUGUCCGUGGAGCCGAGACUUCAUCCCCUCGGUGUCAGCGAGGAUGCUGUGGGUUACCUUGCUGAGCACCAUAGCCUUAGGAUGGACCACCCCGAUCCCAAUGCUAGAGGACUCCGAGGAGAUCGACGAGCCCUGCUUCGAGCCCUGCUACUGCGAGGUCAAAGAGGGCAUCUUCCACGUCCACUGCGACAGCAAAGGAUUUACAAAUGUCAGCCAGAUCUCCCAGAUAUGGAGCCGGCCGUUCAAGCUCAACCUGCAGAGGAACUCCAUGAGGAAGCUUUACUUUAAUAGCUUCCUCCAUCUCAACAAUGCCAUAUCCCUUAAUCUGGGUAAUAACGCCUUGCAAGACAUCCACGCGGGAGCGUUCAAUGGCUUGGGAAUACUCAAGCGGCUGUUCCUGCACGAAAACAAACUGGAAGUUUUCCGGAAUGACACUUUUCUGGGGUUGGAGAGUUUAGAGUAUCUCCAGGCGGACUACAACGUCAUCAAACGGAUAGAAAGUGGUGCUUUCAGGCACCUUCACAAAUUGAGAGUGCUCAUACUGAAUGACAAUCUGAUCCCUGUGCUCCCAAAUUAUCUUUUCCGAUCUGUUUCGCUCACACAUCUGGACCUGAGAGGAAACAGACUAAAGACUUUGCCGUAUAAGGGCACGCUGGAGUACAUUGGGAGGAGCUUAAUGGAAAUCCAGCUGGAGGAGAACCCCUGGAACUGUGUGUGUGAGAUCGUCCAGUUAAAAACCUGGCUGGAGAGAAUCCCUUAUACAGCUUUGGUGGGUGAAAUCACAUGCGAGUACCCGUUCCACUUGCACGGGAAAGACUUGCGGGAAAUCAAGCGCAGCGAGCUCUGCCCGCUGCUCUCCGAUGCAGAGAUCGAGGCCAAGCUGGGAAUUCCCCGGGUGCCAUUCAGCAAUGAGAACACAUGGCCUACUAAACCUUCCUCCAUGCUCUCCUCCUUCCACAACACAGCCUCUUCUGUGGAAUACAAGGAAAGAGUUGUCAAGCCUACCAAACGACCUCGACCCACAAAGAACCCCCCAACGCCUCGUAGCAUCUACCCAGGCAACAACCAGGCCCCUGUUGCUGGCUACCAAACAAGGCCUCCCAUCCCAAUCAUUUGUCCAGCUGGAUGUACCUGCAACCUUCACAUCAAUGACCUGGGACUAACGGUGAACUGUAAAGAGAAAGGCUUUCACAACAUCUCGGAGCUCCUGCCUCGGCCCCUCAAUGCCAAGAAAUUGUAUCUCAGUGGGAACUUAAUACAGAAAAUAUACCGUUCUGAUUUCUGGAACUUCUCAAGUUUGGAUUUACUGCAUUUAGGAAAUAAUCGGAUAUCCUACGUCCAAGAGGGCGCCUUCAUCAACCUGCCAAACUUGAAAAGUUUAUAUCUGAAUGGGAAUGACAUUGAGAGACUCACCCCUGGGAUGUUUCGGGGGCUUCAGAUGUUGAGUUAUCUUUACUUUGAGUAUAAUGUCAUACGUGAGAUACAGCCCAACGCUUUCUCCCUGAUGCCAAACCUCCAGCUGGUUUUCCUCAAUGACAACCUGCUACGCUCCCUCCCCAAUGAUGCUUUUGCUGGCACCAACCUUGCACGCCUCAGCCUCCGCAACAACUACUUUCUCACCAUGCCUGUGCGUGGCGUUCUGGAGCAUCUGAUCUCCAUUGUCCAGAUAGAUCUCCAUCAAAACCCCUGGGACUGCUCCUGUGACAUCAUCCCCCUCAAACAGUGGCUGGAGAAGCUCUCCUCCGUCAUCGUGGUUGGAGACGUCAUCUGCAAGACACCCGAGUUCGCUUUUGGGAAGGACCUGCGUUCGCUGGAGGUCGAGGUCAUCUGUCCUGAGCUCAAGUAUUCUUCAGGCCCCUCCCCGGCCCUGCCCGGUGGGGAUGACCUCACCACGGGGAGCUCUGACAUGGAGGAGGCAGGCAGGAGAGGGGCUGUCCCGCUGUCUGUCCUCAUCCUCAGCCUCCUCAUCCUCUUCAUCUCCGCUGUGUUUGUAGCUGCCGGGCUUUUCGCCUUUGUUCUUCGUCGCAGGAAGAAGCUUCCCUUCCGGAAACGUUCCGAGGUAGAUCUGACGGGGAUCCAAAUGCAAUGCCGGAUUUUUGAGGACCCACCGAGGCAGAGCUGCGCCGGCAACACCGGAACACCAGAGAAACCGACACCCAGUAUGCACACACACACUCACACUAGUCACACACACGCCCACGGUCACGUUUAUGAUUACAUCCCCCAUCCUGUGACUCAGAUGUGUAACAACCCCAUCUAUAAGCCUCGAGAGGGGGAGAUAGCAGAGGAAGACAGAGCGCAGUUUUCAGAGAAGAAAGACAAUGGCAGCAGUAGCAACAGUAACUACAGAACCUUGUUAGAGAAAGAGAGAGAGUGGACCCUGGCCCUCUCCAACUCUCAACUCAACACCAUCGUCACAGUUAACCACUCCACGGCUGACAUGGCAGGGUUUCAUGAGAACGGAGGGCUCUGCCCUACAGUAAUUGACAGUCAGAGGCCCACGCCAACGGUGGGCUUUGUAGACUGUUUGUAUGGGACAGUACCCAAACUAAAGGACAUGCAUGUGGCGCAUGCGCACCCACCAGGCAUGCAGUACCCGGAUUUGCAGCAGGAUGCACGGCUGAAGGAGACUUUGCUUUUCACGGCGGGGAAAGGCUGCUACCCCGACCCGUCCCAAAGCGAUUACCUCGAGUUAAGGGCCAAACUUCAAACCAAGCCGGAUUACCUCGAAGUCUUGGAAAAAUCGUACCGGUUUUAACCCUUCUAGCCCAUGGAGAAAAAAAAUACAAAACCAACACAUUCACUUUGCCACCCUCAAAACAAAAAAAAAUCACCCAAAACCAAUAUCAAAAAAACAAACUUGAAAAAGCAGCAUGAUAUAAAAUAAAAUAUUAUAUUACAGUUACAACAAAGUUUCCCCCCCAAAUCACUUUGGAGGAGAGGCCAUUCUCAGAUAUUUCAAUGAAGUGCCUUUUUUUCAGAGUAGCCAGCAAUGUCAACAGCCGUUAUUUUUAUAAUAUAUAAAUAUCUCUAUAUGCCCAAGAGGGAGCAAAAGAGGAUUGAGAGGGGCGCCGGGGAAUAAAACAUACAAAUCAUCCUAAAAUACAUCCGUCACUAAAACCCCUUUUUAUGGAGUUACCAUGAUGCUCAAGACACACGGGAGCUGGACGUCUCCCUGACUUGGGGGUUUCCUUUCUGUACUCUUUUACCCCUGACUAGGAUGUACAAACACCCGGAGGCCGUGCACAUAAAGUUUGUAGGAAACGAUCGAAAGAGAGGAAAAAAUACAUAUAUUAAAACAAACUGCAGUUUGCUGCAUGCACUCGCUUCAGUGCAGGAAGCGAGGGGGAUUUACUCAGAACUAUCACAUCACAUUAUGAACAGAGAUACUGCAACGCAUUUACAGUUCAGUGUUCUAUUUAAUUUUUAUAUCUUAUUAAUAUGGUUAUUACUAUAAAUGAGGACUUCUGUCUAUAUCAGGGUGCUUCUCGUAAGAAGGACGCGCCGACGCACGGAUGGUCAAACAUUUGUGAAUAUUAUUAUAAGACAACGCUCAAGGUUUUCUGGAUAUUUCCACGCACUUUGUUGACCUCCCCUCCCCCCUUCCCUCCUUCAUUGCUUCUGGAUUCCCCAUCGUCACCCACUAACGGCUUUGUAGGAGGCACUUUUAAUGUUUUCUCUCUCACAAAGAUUUGAAGAAAAAUGUGCAUAUAUUUAUUCUGUAAUUUCAGUGAAGAAUUUAAUUGUAAAGGUAAUGUUAAAUCAAUGUAUAGUGAUUAUGCGUCUGGUAUAGCCUUCUUAAUAAAAACAAACUCUUCAAUCAAAUGAUGAAAGGGUUGAUGCCACGGGAACCUGUGUGUGGAGCACUAUUGACGGGCUGUGUACUUGGUGUCUUGUUAACAAUGGCAUGUUGAAGCUGUGGCCAACCAUCAUGAGGUAAUGCUGCUGGAGAGGGAAGAAUAGCUACUGAACCAAUAGAGUGCUAGACAGGAAUGCAAAGGAAUGCAGUAGAGGGCAAUAACAUUUAAACUCAGCUCAGCUGCGUAUUAGUUUUGGAUUAGUACCAAAUUCAUUUAAGUUAUAAGGAAAGGGUCAAUUAAAAGGGCAAACUAUGUUGUUUUUUUUCUGGAAAAUAUAAUCACUUUUUCUGUCCACUGGUAGUUUGUCCUAUGAUCUUCACCUGCUCAGUAUCAUAGUUUAUUUGCCACUACAUUACUGGUCCUAGUUGGAUGUAAUGAAGGUAAAAAGAUAGAGAAAACACAAUGCCAGAACAACUCAAAUGACUGACAAGCUGCUGGUUUUGAAGUGGAUGAUGACUGGAUAUACCAAAUCAGUGAGGUACGCUGCAAUUUGAAUCAUCUAAACGGGUAUUGCUGAUGUAGGCUAUAAUAAACGAUAAUUGAGAAGGCGAAUGAAAACAUGAUUGGAAGUCGCUCUUUGAUCUUACGCAACUAACUUCCGACUCCCUCCAUAGUAGCAAUGUGGAUUCAGUCCACUGGAGGGCGAUGAGAAGGCGUUCAGAUCCAUUGGGCAUUUAACAGAUUGGAUGCAGUUAUAAUGUAAUGCACACAAUGUUUAUCUUAAGAGAUCAUGUUUCAUAUUUGGUAUGAAUUAUUUUUGAAAAUAUCUAUAUAAAUAUAUAUAAAACCUACAAGUGGCAUAAGAUAAUUUUAUUCAUUCCAGCACAGUGUCAUGCUUUUUUCAUUUUAUUUUUUUGUGCUUUAUUUCAAUCGAUAUUGUCUUGAAAAUGGCAGAAUAAAGCAGGUCACUCUAGCUGUAUCAAUGAAACGAAAUAUUAUUUUCAAAAAAGAAAACAGAGCUGACCAUUGCUUUAACAUAUUUUUUUGCAUUGAAAUCCCAAACGGUAAAUUAAUCCGCAAUACUCUCUACCACAGCAAAUUUGUUUUUGCUGUGAUUUUUUGAUAAUUUAUAUUUCCCUAUCCAAGCCGGAUUCAUUUUUGGGACCAAAUAGUACAAGUAGACAAAAAAUAAGGCUGACGCAGCUGUGGAGUAAAUAUGGUGUAACAGUACACGUCAUCAUAGUGCCAUUUCUUUUUCUCUUUCCUGAGGGGAAAUUUUAAUUUUGGGGGAAAAAUAUGAUGCAAUCUUGAUGUCUAUAAAUUUGUGAAUAUAUAUUAUGGAAAGGAGGGUGCAUUUCUGUUUUGUUUUAAAAUGGGAACGAUAUGCCAUUUGCUUUGAUUCCAGUAGGUUUAGAAGUGAUGAUCCUCAGUUGCAAUUGGGUGUUAUAGUUUCUCAUAUGUGUCAACCUACACUAAGUGGAAGAUAUGUAGCAAACCACAUACUUCCCUCUUAAACGGGAAGGCCCUUAGUUAGUUUAGAGCAAUCAUCGUCACCAGUAUUGAUCAUCAAUGAUCCAGGCUAUAAGCUUGCAUAAUAUGAAACCUUGUGCUGUAUUCAUUGUUUCCUUUCUUUAACAGUUAUUGUUGCUCAAAUAAGUGGAGGUCAUCUGCAUAUAAAGCUUUUGUAAGCAUGGGAGCGUCA